UGGACAAAAUGAGUAUUACUAUUAAUUAUGAAUUAUAAGCUUUACAAAAAUGACGAAACUAUUAGUAGAAUUUAACCUUAAAUAUUUGUCCCUAUUAACUGCGGCUUCUCCUCUAUAUAAACCCCUCCAUAAAUAUCUCUCUCCCUCCACAGCUCCCAACACAACCAGCCAUGGCCGCUUCCUCCUCUCUCCUCCUUCUAAUCGCCGUCGCCAUGGCUCUGCUCGCCUCUCCGGCGCUGUCACUCACCUGCAAAUCGCAGACGUUCUCUCAGCACAAUCUCACAUUUGCCAGCUGCACCGACCUCCCAACGCUCAAGGCUUCUAUCCACUGGAGCUAUGACGCGGCGGCGAAGCCGAUGCCGACGCUCUCCGUCGCCUUCACCGCACCUCCGGCGAAGCCCGAAGGCUGGGUGGCGUGGGCGCUGAACCCGACCGGCACCGGCAUGGUGGGCUCCCAAUCGCUGGUCGCGUUCGCGGCGGCGAACGGAUCUACGGUGGUGAAGACGUACAACAUCACCUCGUACGGCCCGAUCUCCGAGUCGCCGAUCUCCUACGGCGUGCUGAGCAAGCGCGCGGAGUCGUCGAAGGGCGCCAUCACGAUCUUCGCCGUGCUGGCGCUGCCAGCGGGGAGCAAGGCCGCGGUGAACCAGGUCUGGCAGGUCGGAUCAGCCGUAGUCGACGGCGUGCCGGCGAAGCACGCGUUCGCGCCGGAUAAUCUGGCCUCGAAGAACACGCUGCAACUUGCCCGAACGGCGGAAGACGGCGGAGCGCCGUCACCGGCACCGGCGCCGAUUGUCGCGGCCGCGCCGGGCGGGGGGGUGAGCGGGAAUGUGAAUGGAGGCGCUAGGGCUUGGGGGAGUAGAUUGGGGGAUUAUGGAAUUUGUGCGCUGCUUGGGAUUUCCAUUUUUGGAUUUUAGAUUUUAGGAAUGUUUCUAAUUUUUCACACUGUUCAUUCACGAGAAUGGUUAACAAUAAUUUGUUUUUGUAAACGACACUUUUUAGCUUUUUGGAAAUAAAAAGUUUGUUUUUAUUUUUGUAACA